AUGCGAACUCGAUCGAGUCGGUCUACAGAGGACUUGGUCGAGCUAGACUUUACAACGGGUAGAAAGAGGGUUCAGAGGUCACAGAGGGUACAAGAGGAACCUGAGGUGCUUGUUGCUGAUACAAUGGAUGUACCAGAGGGGAAUGGAAACCCUUUGGGCAAUGGACUCGGUCGAGCUAGGCAAACUCGACCGAUUGGUCAAGGAGAUGCUCCAAACCGCCACCAACAGAGACAAGGGAUUGUUCCACCACCAGUGCAGAACCACAACUUUGAGAUCAAGCUGGGAAUGAUCAACCUUGUUCAGAACAAGAUGUUCCAUGGAUUGCCAAGUGAAGACCCCAUUGACCACCUUGAUGAGUUUGAUAGGCUUUGUGAUUUGACAAAGAUCAAUGGUGUCUCUGAAGAUGCCAUCAAGCUGAGACUCUUUCCUAUGUCUCUAGCUGACAAAGCUCACCAAUGGGAGAAGAGCUUGCCCCAUGGCACAAUCACCACUUGGGAUGAAUGCAAGAAGGCCUUUCUUGCUAAGUUUUUCUCCACCGGUCGCACAGCCAAGCUUAGAGGAGAGAUAUCCAGCUUCAUCCAGCGAAACAAUGAGACAUUCGCAGAGGCUUGGGAGAGGUUCAAAGGGUAUAGGGAGAUGCUAGACACAGCUAGCAAUGGGAACUUCCUCAACCAGGAUGUAGAUGAUGGCUGGCAACUUGUGGAGAACAUGGCCAUCUCAACAGAAUGCUAUGGAGACAAUUAUGAUAGCAGACUGGAGCUCGACCGCACUCGAUCGAGCUGGAGCCAGAUGAGAAAAGACAUGCUUGCACUCUCGAAGAAGGGGAGGAGCAACAACAUACAAGCACUCAAAAAGGAAAACCAUCUAUGGUCACACAUACCAGGCAGGGCUUACAACAAUCCACACAGAUCCAACCAGCAAGGGCACCUCCAAGUUUCCACCAGGAUUCACCAAUGCCAUACCCAAACCAAGCCAAGAUUGGGAUAUGAAGGAUAUGCUCCAACAACUCCUUACAAGGGCAAGCCAAAGUGCAUCAUCCUCUUCACCACAAGAGUAUGCCCAAGCAGUUACACUAAGAAGUGGGCGACAAUUCCAAGCAGAGGUAGCCCACCCCAAAUCGCUGUGGACAUCGAUGACGAGGAAGGGGAGGAUUUAGUCGAGUAUGCUGACUCCCGGCACCGAACUCGAUCGAGCUGGAACAAAACCCUGAACCAGAACUCGAUCGAGCUGGAGAAACCGAGACUGCAAGACAAACCAGAGCUCGAUCGAGCUGAGAAGAGAACAGACAAAGCAAGCUCCAGCCAACCAGCUAAACCUGUUGCAAAGAAGAAAGACACUCCAGCAGGACCACCACCAUACAAACCCCCUCUGCCCUUUCCAGGAAGGUUCAAGAAACAACUGUUGGAAGCACACAAGGCCAAGUUUGAUGAACUAAUGAGACAGCUUGAGCUGAAGUUGCCUUUCAUCGACGCCUUGAUGCUCAUUCCACCUUAUCAGAAAUUUCUGAAGGAUGCUGUUCAGCAAAGAACCAGGGAAGCACAAGGGAUGGUAGUGUUGACUCGUGAGUGCAGUGCAAUCAUUCAGCGGAAGGUCAUCUCCGACAAAAAGGAAGAUCCGGGGAGUUUCACUUUGCCCUGCAUGUUGGGACCCCUAUCUUUCAAAAACAGCCUCUGCGAUCUAGGAUCAUCUGUCAGCCUCAUGCCUUUGUCUGUAGCAAAGAGACUGGGAUAUCACAAGUACCAAGCCUGCGGAAUCUCACUAGUCUUGGCAGAUAGAUCGAUAAGGUUACCAACUGGAAUGCUUGAAGACCUGCCUUUGAGGAUAGGGAAUGUAGAAAUCCCCACCGACUUCAUUGUGCUUGAGAUGGAUGAGGAACCAACAGAUCCAUUGAUACUAGGAAGGCCAUUCCUAGCUACAGCAAGAGCAAUGAUAGAUGUCUGUGAAGGAACAAUUGAGCUAAACUUGGGAAAGGACCUAAGGAUGAAGUUUGAUAUCAAGGAUACAAUGAGGAAACCAACUAUAGAAGGUCAGCUCUUUUAUGUUGAGGAAAUGGAUCAGUUGGCAGAUGAGCUUUUAGAAGAGUUAUCAACAGAGGAUCCCUACAAGUUGCUUUGA